AAUAUUCAAAAUCAAAUUACAAAGAGCUUCUAGCUAUUUAUAAAAAAACAGGAGAAUGAAGAGAAUCAAUUUUGUACUCUAUUCUAUAACCCUAGCUCUUCUUCUUCUUCUACCACUCUUUAGUUCAAAUGGGGACGUGGAAGCUGCUCGAGUCCACAUUAACGACGUCUCUCAGGGCACGAGGGAGGGAACUCUGACUCUCAAUGGCUUCGAGAAGGGCCAGGAUGGCGGUGGUCCGGCUUCAUGCGAUGGCUCGUUCCACGACAACGACGAAAUGAUCGUGGCAUUGCCCGCGAAAUUCUUCGAGAAGGGUAAGAGGUGCAACAAGAACAUUGUGAUUGAAGGGAAUGGCCACACUGUUAGUGCAAGAGUGGUGGAUGAAUGUGGGAAGGGAUGUGGUGACGACAUUGUGGACGGUUCGAAGGCGGUAUGGGUAGGGUUGAGCGUUCAGGAGAAAGAUAGGGGCGAGUUGGCAAUCACUUGGCACGAUGCUUAGAUGAAUCGAUUUUUUUUCUUUUUUAAAUGACGACGUUGAUCACUUCGACGGUAGAAUUUCAAAAUUUUAGAUGUAUGUGUAGCUAGCUGGCAUCUCCCUUACAUUGUAAUCACCUAUAUUAAGGUUUGAUUGAUACUCUUAUGAAUAAUAAUAACAAUGUUUCUUUUUUUUCUUCUAUAAUUGUGAUUGAGUAGUUAAAAGAAAUGAAGAAAAUGGUGGAAAGACAAUUAAAUCUCACCUUAUGCC